UAAUUAGUCAUUAACAAAAACAGAGGCUAACAAUAGAGCUGUGGGUUGCUACCAUAGCAUAUGCACAUAUAUUAUAAAUCGAUAGAAGCUGCAGCCUGCAGGCUAGAGAAGAUUGUGUGAUCAAGUAGUGCAUGCACAGUCUGUCCUCUACACUUGAGAAUUAAAAGUUCGACUAGCUUGUCGAGGAUGAGGGUAGCCGUGGUGGGAGGCGGUGUAAGCGGGCUGGCGGCCGCAUAUGUUUUAGCAAAAGAUGGGGUGGAAGUGGUGGUGUACGAGAAGGAGGACGCCUUAGGUGGCCGUGCCAAGACAGUUGACAUCGGUGGCACUCUUCUUGACCUUGGUUUUACUGUCUUUACUCGGGUUAUGCAUCCAGAAACUAUUGAAUUGUUGGAGAGUCUUGGAGUUGAUAGGGAGCUCUGUGACAUGUCAUCAUUCUCUGUGAGCUUGGAUGAGGGUCAAGGGUGUGAAUGGGGGACCCGAAACGGGGUCUCAAGUUUGUUUGCACGAAAGACGAAUGCUUUAAAUCCCUACUUUUGGAAUAUGAUUAGAGAAAUGGUUAAGUUCAAGAAUGAUGCGUCAUCUUAUGUUGAGGAGCUUGAAAGCAAUCCAGACAUUGAUCGAAAUGAGACUCUAGAGCACUUCAUUCAGUCAUGUGGUUACUCUGAGUUGUUCCAGAAGGCUUUUCUUGUCCCGACUUGUGCUUCUAUCUGGUCUUGCUCUUCAGGAGUAAUGAACUUCUCUGCUUAUUCUGUACUUUCAGUUUUGCGAAAUGACCCCACUUUGCAGCUUAUCGGUCGCUCUCAAAGACUUACUCCAACAUGGCGUUCGGAAAGUUAUGUUGAUAAGGUUAAGAAAGAGCUGGAAAGUAGAGGCUGCCAAAUAAGAACCAAUUCUGAAAUAUGUUCAGUUUUUGCAAAUGAUGAGGGUUGUGCUAUAACUUGUAAGGAUGGCUCGAAAGAAGGAUAUGACGGGUGCAUAAUUGCAACGGAUGCUCCAGAUGCUCUCAAGAUGUUAGGGAAGCAUGCAACACAUGAUGAAUUAAGGAUACUCGGUGCCUUUCAAUACGCCUGCAGUGAUACUUUCCUUCAUCGUGACAAUGAUUUAAUGCCCAAAAACCCAGCACUAUGGAGCUCAAGGAAUUUUCUUGGCACUAUCGAUAAGAAAGCUUAUAUAACAUAUUGGCUUAACAAUAUGCAGAAUAUCAACGACACUGUGCUUCUGUUCUUUUUUACCCUGAAUCCACCUCACACACCUAAAAGUACCUUAUUCAAGUGGUCAACCAGGCACCCAAUCCCAUCUGUUGCUGCUUCAAAAGCUUUACGUCAACUCAAUCUUAUCCAAGGAAAGAGGAGAUUGUGGUUCUAUGGAGCAUAUCAAGGCUAUGGCUUCCCCGAGGAUGGAAUCAAGGCAGGUAUAUCUGCUGCAAACGACUUGCUUAGAAAAAGUUAUACUGUUCAGUAUAAUCGCAAACACACGAUACCAUCGUGGCUUGAAAUUGGGGCGCGAGGUCUUGUCACGAGGUUUCUUGAGAGAUUUAUUGCUACUGGCUGCAUAACUUUAUUGGAAGAAGGAGGUACCGCUUUUACAUUUGAAGGUACUAGAAGAAAGAGCAAUUUAAAAGUUACUCUGAGAGUUCAUACACCGCAGUUCUAUUGGAAGGUAGCAACAGAAGCUGAUUUAGGCUUUGCUGAUGCCUACAUUAAUGGGGACUUCUCUUUCAUUGAUAAGGAUGAGGGCCUUCUCAACCUUUUCCUGAUAUGCAUAGCCAGUACAGAAUUGAAUACUUAUAUGACAAAGUUAAACAAGAAAAGAGGGUGGUGGACACCGUUGCUUUACACUUCUAUAGUAUCUUCUGCAAAAUAUUUCUUUAAGCAUGCUGCAAGGAAGAAUACACUAACUCAGGCGCGCCGAAACAUCUCACAGCAUUAUGACCUAAGCAAUGAAUUAUUUUCUCUAUUUUUGGACGAAACAAUGACCUACUCUUGCGCAAUGUUUAAGACACCAGAUGAAGAUUUGAAGAAUGCACAGCUAAGGAAAACCCAUACUUUGAUUGAAAAGGCAAGAAUUAGUAAGGAGCAUCACAUUCUAGAGAUCGGAUGCGGAUGGGGAAGUUUAGCUCUUGAAGCAGUCAAACGGACUGGAUGUAAGUACACCGGCAUCACUCUCUCUGAGAAACAACUGCAAUAUGCACAACUCAAAGUGAAAGAAGCUGGCCUGCAGGAUCGAAUUGAACUUCUUCUGUGUGACUACCGCCAAUUGCCUAAGAGCUACAAAUAUGACAGGAUAAUUUCAUGUGGGAUGAUAGAGCAUGUGGGGCAUGAAGUUAUGGAAGAAUUCUUUAGGUGCUGUGAAUCUGCAUUAGCAGAAAACGGUCUUCUUGUUCUCCAGUUCAUAGCAUCGGCUGAUGAGAAGUAUGAUGAGUCCAGGCGCAGCCCGGGCUUCGUCAAAGAAUAUAUAUUCCCUGGUGGAUGUACGCCUUCGCUUAGCCAUGUAAUAUCUUGCAUGGCCGCUGCAUCCAGACUUAGUGCUGUGCACCUAGAAGAAAUAGGAUGCCAUUACUUCCACACGCUCAGACGUUGGCGGGAAAACCUCCUGAAAAACCACAGUAAAAUUCUGGCUAUGGGAUUCAAUGAGAAGUUCAUACGUACAUGGGAAUACUACUUUGACUAUUGUGCUGCUGGGUUCAAAUACUGUAUUCUUGGAGAUUAUCAGAUUGUAUUCAGUCGACCAGGCGAUGUUGCAGCAUUUAGCAAUAAACCAUACAACGCUGUGCCUGGUGAUUAUUGAGUAUGUGCUUCGAUUGGAAUUAGCUGCUUCAUCAAAUAAAUAUCAUGGCUCCUAUCUCAUGUCGUUCUAUAAUCUAAUCUCUCUGUUGUGCUGUUGAAACAAUGAGUUGAAAUGUAACAAAGAAAACUACAGUCUGAACAUUAAAAAUGUCUGUAACAUCAGCAGACUACCAACCAAUGCUUAAGAGGAUUUUCCUCUCUUCUUUAUAAGUCUUCCGUUUGAGUCGGAGAAAGGCCCAAUCCAGAGAAUGAAAUACCAUUUUCUCAUCAACUGAAUAUUAUUGAUAAUAAAUAAACCUUUUGCUUUCAUUAUUCUGAGAAUUAGAGUGCACAUUAUGCUAAGGGGGAUAAAUCUAAGUCUCACAUCCUAACGCUAUUACCACUGCCGGCUGGUUUCAGACAACGGCUUGCUGUGUUGGCAAUCAGCAACAUCAAAAGAGCAAAGAACACCACCUGGUAAUCAAAAUUCUAAACUCUAGGAUUUUGACAGCUAGAGGAAACAAUAAUCUUGAAGCAGAAGUAAGAUCUCUAAAAGGAAUUUAGACCAUAUUACAGCACAAUAGCCAACUCUGAGGAAUUCACAAGCAGGAGAAAUAUUCUCAACUUUAAAUGAAAGAUAGCUAUCUUACCAAAAGCAAUGGCCAAGAAAAGAGGACAGAUGAACAAACAGUGAACCGUCAAUUCUCUUUGCUUCAGAAAAAGGAUCCUAUGAGUUACUAGAACGAUUACCAGUUUGCGAAUAUUGUGGAGAAAUUUAUGAGAUCACUUCUGUCUCCUACUCUGUAAUGUAAACAGACUAACAAGAAAUUGGAACAUUGAGCCAUAUAUAUCAUAUCAUGAGAGCUAGACCAGUUGCCUUCCAGGAUCAACAUAACCAAGUUAGCGCUUUGAUUCUU